UCUCCUCUCAGGCCGGCUCAGUGAGUUACGAGUUGCGUCCGGGUUCGCCGUACGAGCGAUAACGGGGGCGUCAAUCGAAUCGCGAUUGGGAGAGGAUUCUACCUCGUGCACGCUCUUCCCUCCUUGUCUUUCUCAGCUACAGGCAACAGGUUUGAAUUUAUGGGACAAUAAAGAGUGUGGUGCGUAGUGCGCGUCUCUCUCUCUCUCUCUCCUCUCUCUUUCUCUCUCUGUUUUUCUUUUUUUCUCUUUUUCUUCUUUUACGCAUUUCUUUCCUGCUCUAGAUCGCUCUUUCUCUCCUGUCCCUUCGUUGUGAAAAGAGGAGUGAGCGGCGAAGACUAUCAAACUCUCAUAAAACUGUCAGUCGCGGCCACCGGGCUGACUUAUGUGCGCCCCUUCCUUAGUCGCGGUUGGAGAACCACACGCUUUCAGGUUGAAUCUGCACCUCUCGCGCGACGAGCGCGAUCCCCCAUCGCAGACUUCUUAACGAAAGAUCAGACGUAUGAUCUUUUUCUUCGCGGUCUAGGAAGAAAGAAAAAACGGUCUGAAGUGAACUACUCGAUAGCACCUUCGACUAGACACGAUCCUGCAUUACAAUAUGCAAGUACAGCGAUCCGCACUUGUAAAACGUCCUCUUCUUCCCGAUCAGAAAGAGAUAUGAUACGGAUGAUCGAGCUAAAAUGGAUUCGCAACGGAUGAAAUCGGUGAAGAUACGGUGAUAUUAAUGGGCGAAUCGUUUUCGGUCGAUCAGUAAGGAACAAUCGCGUCUUCGUGUGUGCCGUACAACCCCUUUUCUUUUUCAUCUGUCUUCACCGCGAGGGCUAUACAGUAGGGGGCGCGUGCGCGUGUAGCCCCCCUCGCAAAGCGGACGGAAGACUGCUUCUUGGUGACGUCGCGGCUACGAAGGCUGCAGAGGAGAACGAGAGAGCGAUCGAGAUACUUCUCCCCCACCAACAGUUUCAGGGCUCCCGAAUAUCUCUCCAUUAGCCCCCCUGACGGUGCUAUCCCCUCUCCUUGACCCCUCUCUCGCCCUCUUUCUCUCUCUUACGCACACCCCUCUCAUCGGUUCCUGUCACGUCGGGUAGCAGCCGGGCAACACUACCACACGACGAGCGCCAGCGGCAGCGGAGACUCGACGGAGACGCAAGGAACGGGGUUGAAGAAUCGUACGCCGACGGAGAGACCAAUCAAGGUUUGACGAACGGCAGGGAUUGGUCGAGGCGCUCCUCUGACACGCAGAGAGCGCGGGCACGUGACAAGCUACCGCAUACACCGGCCUUCCGUUGGAUCGCGGCGAGGCCUUCAGUACGAUACCAACCACCCUUCGCGCACGCAACAGGAACGGCAAACUCGCGCGCGGGUACACACUCUUCACCCUUUGCCGUGGUGUCGAGGAGUCUCUGUCGUUGCCGCGAUAUAAAGCCGUCUGUUAAGUGUGCAACACCUGUGACAACACGUUGAAGCGCAAUUAAUCACCGCGUGAAUAAUUUUAAUGCGCGCACAUAUGUGGUUACCUCGUAUGUCAUUUCAUUGAGGAGAGACUUUGCAAGGUCAUCUUCAAUGGGGCACCUCGAUAAGCUGUUCGUUACGCGCUACUGCACGGUGGGCCCACGAGUUCUCUGUAGGUAAUCGCGAGACUCCUGAGGUCGUAAAGAAGCAGAAGACAGUUUUAUAGCCUAGGCCCACGUGGCCCUCAUAAACUUGACUCGCAGGUCGGUUUGAAUUCAGGCUCGACCCGCCUGCCGCCAAACGUCUGUGCUGCCUCUCUUUAUUAGUCCUGAACCCCUCGUUCAUUAUCGAAUCGCUUAGAGACGUGUUUCUCUCGCGUGUAACAGGUCGUGUCAUAGCUGUGAAUCGGUCGACGAACAAGGUGAAGCUUGUCGGAGCAUUCGGAGCACUCUCGGUCACGUGUGUCGCGCGACGAUUCUUGUUAUUGCGAUUCUCGUCAUUGCGGCACGAUGACGGGUUUCUAUACUUAAUGACGACGCUCGUUGUUCAGCCGCCUCAACGCCGCUUGCAUCGAACACAACGUCAGUGUUUUCGUGAAUGACGGAACGUAGACGUGCAAAAUUAUUGCUAUAGUGACGUUGACGGCAGGUGAAGGUACGUGAAAGAAUGAGUUCCUAUCAGUUCGUCAACUCGCUCGCAUCAUGCUACGCGGGUCAACAGCCACAGCAACAGCCAAGACCAACCGCGAAUUCGCCUGGAGAACCGAUGCAGGCCGCAUCCCCGGCCGCUGGCGAUUAUUACAAUCCGAAUGCAGCCUCUACCAGCUAUCCCGCACCCUGUUACUCGCCUCAACAACAUUAUCCCCAGCAUCCUUAUGCCGCACCGGCGUCAAGUAUGCAGCAUGCAGCACCCACUGGGAUGAUAGACUAUACUCAACUGCAACCGCAACCUCGGUUAAAUGCGACCACGACGUCGCAGCAACAUGGUAUGCACGCUCAACAGUCGCAACACCAUCAACCGCAUCAUCCUCAGCAGCAACUUCACGCAGAUCCGACGACGCCUCUUCUGCAAGGUGCCUCAGCACCCUCGGCACCGUCAACGUCCAGUUGCAAAUAUGCUGAUUCGACAUCGUCCACCAGUGUGGCGUCUCCUCAAGAUUUAACCACAUCCACUUCGAGAAAUAGCCCAACGCCCUUAGUGGCACCCGGUACUAGUAAAGCUGCAUCGGGAUUGACUUCACCGCCUGGUAGCUCGUCAAGGUCGUCCGUGGCUGCGUCCGCUGCCUCACCACCCAGCGGUAGUUCGAGGGGCGUCGGCGAGGGAAAUUCAACGCUCACAACAGCAUCUUCCGCUUCGUCGCCCGCUUCCUCCACAUCUAGCACUUCUAGCACGGGUAACAAUUCGUCCAACAAGGGGAACUCUUCUGGUACUAAUCCGCCUCAAAUAUAUCCAUGGAUGAAAAGGGUUCACAUUGGUCAGAGCACGGUGAACGCGAACGGUGAGACGAAACGACAAAGGACCUCGUACACCAGGUAUCAGACGUUGGAGCUGGAGAAAGAGUUUCACUUCAACCGCUAUCUGACGAGGCGGCGUCGCAUCGAGAUCGCGCAUGCUCUCUGUCUUACGGAACGUCAGAUAAAGAUCUGGUUCCAGAAUCGGCGUAUGAAGUGGAAGAAGGAGCACAAGAUGGCGAGCAUGAACAUCGUGCCGUACCACAUGUCGCCGUAUGGGCACCCUUACCAGUUCGCGCCCCACCCCGGCCAGUUCGCUCACUUGGCCACAUAGGACGAGUUCUCGCCCGCCGAGCUCGGAGCACACGCUGUCCGGUUCCCCGGGAUGUACGGCGAGCAGAACUUCUAAAAGGCUUUUUCCGCCUUAGACCCCGCGCGCGCGCGCGCGCUCGUGACUCGCUGUCACUUGUGUGACUCGCCGGGGUCGAGGGAGAGACUUCACUUCCAGUAGGGGACACGUGGUGCGUCGUUCCGCUGAUUCCGCAAUGUGCCGAUGGUUGGAUUGUCGCCGGAGAAGCGAAAGAUCGCAGAUCCUUCUUUCGAAUGUCAAUACCGUACUUAAAUUAUUUACGCGUUUGUCGUCGGUUCGUGCGUUCGUUCAGCUUAGCUAUCGGAAGGAGAUUAACGAAGAGAAGUCUAUCGAGAGACUUCGUACAACGAGUGAAAAGAGAAUAAUCGUUUUCUUCCUGAAGCUAAGCGGAAACAAUCCGUUCUCGCUCGCCUUCGGUCUGCGGACACGCAAAUACUGUCACUGUACGACUUCGAAGUUGAAGGAAAGCCAAAAUUUUCUGCAUAUAUAUCGCCGUACGUCCGACCUAAUAGACUGGACGCGCUCCGAGGGACUCUCAUGCACGUGAUUACAAGAUAUUAAUAAUAAUAAUAAUACGGAUGAGAGGCCACCUCAGCGGGUGAGAUAAAACCGAAUCUCUAAUUUAAGGUGUAGAAAUCAGCGAAAUCUAAGUAAUUAAUUAAUCAAAUAACGAAUUAAUUAUCUUGUCUUGGCUGCACACUGUUUCACGUGAAAUCGAUCACUGAUCGAUCACACUGAUUGGAAACGAAAUUCGAGGAUGUGCUUGUGUAUUUAUUUAUUUGUUUCGUCUUCUAUGCGUCGUUCUCUUAUUUGGCCCUUUCCGAAUGUAUUUGUGGAAAAAGGCUUUGCGAAAGAAUCGAAGUAACUUCAAAAGAAACAUAUUUUCACGUAAAAAUCUCUGUACCAUAGUUUGUAAGAUCGCCUCUAUUAAUACUCGAAUUAUUCUUCACUGGUCUUGAAGGGAGAAGUGACCUUUAGAAAUUCAUAUUGAUUGCGUAUAAAUUAUGCUGGCUUUAAGAAGUAUUCUUAGAAAAUAAGAUACGGCAAUUUUGAUGCGGCAACUACGUUAAUAGAAUAACAACGAGAUAUUCGUACAGCAUAAUUUGCAUGUGAUUCAAAUAAUACGAUUAUUGUAGUUAAUACCUACGGAAUUAAUCGUAGCGACAAAUUUUUACAUCCGUGUAUUUAUAAUAUUUAUGAUAUUAUAAUAUUAUAACAUGAAUAAUAUUUUAUAAUAUUAUAAUAUUUUUUAAAUGCCUGGAUACCUUUUCUCAUCACCUUAUCUCUUCACUCUUUUGUUCUGUUAUGCAAUGUUUGAAAUUAAAAAAAAAGGAUAUUUCCUGAAAUAAAUAAAUCGUUUUUUGAAAUUAAUUUUUUGUGUCACGCGAGUUGCAUUUGUUUGGUUCUAGAAUACUAUUUUAUUAAUGAAACGGUGGACAGCUACGACCUUGCAUCUUUUUGUACAUAAUUUACAGCAUAAUGUAACCAAUGUCUCCCUGGAGCAGCCACGUUGUUCCUAUAUUGUCGAUUGUAGGGAAAUCUCGCGCAGAACUUACUAUAUUCAUUUUAUUCUACCGCAUCAAGCAUUUUAUCGCAAAGAUUGAUACAACAGAUGGACUACUAUUGUUUCUCGCGCAUCGACUAUAGUAACUUUAAUCCACAUAGGAACUUAUUAGUUUCCAUAACCAUAGUUUUAAAAAAGUCCGAGCUAUUAAAUAAAUAAAUAAAAAAAUAAUAAUAAUAAAAGGAAAUGUUUUGUGCGGUCGAACGGGAUAAAUGACCCCGGAUGCAUUACGAGUAUGUCUGACUUGGAUGGUGCAAUGUAUGUGCAUGUAGCGCUGAAUAUCUGACGCAAAAUUACAUGCACGUGCUGCCUGAUUACGCGUAUUUAUCGGCGCAGGAUAUACAUAAAUGUAUGGUUGAAUGUAACGAGAGAAACGUAUUACCCCGCAUCUCACUCAAUAAGAAAGAUUCAAGAAAAAAAAAAGGAUUAGGUAUCAAUUAGUUAACCGGGAAACGAGCGCAAAUGUGUAAACUAAUUAGCUAGUAUUCGAGUAAUUGAUUAUCUUGUGAUACGACGAAGAAGAAAUGCAGUCGCUCUAAUGCUUAUUGAAUUGUCAUAACCGCGCGUUACGCGAUGCAAAUUCGGAAGAAUACAGGGAAUUUAGUAUGUGUGUAUGUUGUUCGAGAUUCUAAGUGGUACAAGCGAGAGAAAACAAAUAAAGAAGAGACCUUCUAGCUAGGCUAGUAUUGAAUUGUACAUAAUUAUUAAAUAUAUAACGCGAUGUCGAACGAGACGUUAUCAUUGUACGAGGCGUUAACGAAAGAGCCAUCUCUUUUGUCGCAUUAAAUCAUAAAUUAAAAAAAAAAUUAUAUUAUCUAUAAUCUUAAACAAAGAAUUACUCACGACUAUACAAUAUUUUGCAUUCAAUUAAUUUGAAACGGAUUAAUUUUGUAACUGUAUUUGUAUCCGUUAUUCAGAAUGUACAAACAAUUAUUUGUUACUAACAAGAAUGUCUGGAGUUACCGUCAGGAUAACACCGUCACGUAAUUCUUUUUCGUUAUCGCCUGGUACGCUAUAUGGAUAUUUAAAUAAAGCAUAGUGAGCAUUAUUAUAUUAUUAUUAUUAUUAAUAUUAUUAUUAUGAUCAUUAUUAUUAUUGAAACUCUUGAUAUUAUCUUUAUUAUUGUAUUAAGAGUAAAUCUGUUGCUUAUGAUUUGGUCGAGUGUUAAUAUUGUAUUUUAUUUGUUUCGUUAUUAUUAUUUUUUUGUUGUUUACGCCGCGUGUCGUACAACACGUCCCGUACCUAUGAAUGAUGUGCACAAAUAAUGCAAGAUUUGCAUUACUCUUUUACACGAGAUCCAUUGCGGGAUACGUAGCCGUGCUAUCUCGAUGCUUAUCGAAAAUCGAUUCAGAGUCGUUCGUAGCCAGUGCCCGCAGUUUGACGAAGUAAGAGACGGAAUGGAAACUGCAGAUAUUUACUAUUUAUUCGUCAGGUGCAAAGAAAUGCGUUCUCUCCAAGUUAAAUUAAGCUCAAGUAUUACGUUCGCGUAGCGUCACUCAAAUGUUAUUUCAUUCCAUGUAAUAUACGUAAAAUAGCCUAACUAAAAAUAUUUACUUAUUACAUCUACGUAACCUAGAGCACCGUACGUGUAAGAUCCGUAUAAUUAAAUAUAAUUUAAAUUGUAAUUAUUAAAUGGUAUGACGUACAGAAAUCA